UCGCCAAUGCGUCGAACACUGCCUUGAGCACACCUCAUCUAUACGCAUCGUCUUUGAAACCACCUUCGCUAUAUGCAGUUUGCCUCGCGCUUCCCGAUGAAAGAUAUUUUUUACCAGCGCGUUUUUGUAUUUUUCUUCGUCUCGACACAAGCUGCAAGGUGCACUCCGAAAACAAUAGCGCCAAACGUUGCGUACAAAUUGGAGCAUCGAGCCGAGAAACACAGCUCCGCACACACGCGGCAACAAAGCAGCGCUUCCGAAUGAAGAUAGCUCGUACGGCUUGGGAAGCAAAGAAUUCAUACGUGCUUGCUGCUGCUUCUCCGCUGGGACGGGACAAACGCAGGCUCGAUAUGUCGUGCUAGUGUCCAAAUAAUGAACGUGUUCAAUCGAGUGCUGCCUAGUAUGAAUCCUCAAGAGUUCGGUACUAUGGUUUGGAUGGGACAGCUCGCUUCGCCGCUUGAUGAGAACUUAACAAACUACUACGGACCACCGGUUACGAACGUUAUGGAAGACAUCACACAGCAGACCCAAACUAUGGACAUGAAUCCGGCCGCAAUCAGUUCACUAAUCAGUGAAUACGGUGGACAUUUGACGGCAAUUCCUACGCCGUCCGGUUUGGCCACGGUGCCGAAUGCUGCAGAGGCACUGGCACUGACUAAUCCGGAAUUGUUCAAUAUUCAGCAGCAGCAGCAGCAGCAACAACAACAACAGCAGGCGCAACACCAUCAGCAACUACUGCAGCAACAGCUUGCACUGUCCGGCUAUGGUUUUUUGGACCAAGCCGCUGCACUGUCCGCCGCCAAUAGCCUGUCGGCGCACGGCGGUGAUGUAGUGACAGCGCCCGGCAUUGGGCCAUCCCCUACCUUGGCCGGUGUUGGGAUGCGUCUCCUAGAUGGAAGUGGAAAACUUGCGGUCAACAAUAGGGUUCUGGCAGCGGCCGGUGCAGCAGCAGUAGCAACAGCAGCAGCAGCAGCAGCAGCCUCUUCGUCCGCAUCAGACGAUGACGGAAACAAUGAAGGUUUGGAGGGCAACGGCGAGGACGACGAUCAUUCCGCUGCGUUGCAAAACUACGAGCAAUAUCAACAAAUGAUAAACAGCGGAGCGGGAAACGAUUACCUUGCCGUACCCGGGCAGGACAAUCUGCUUCCGUACAAGUUUAUGAACGAUCCCCAUAUGCUGCAGCACAACUUUCUCGACUACGACGUGAUGGCCGACGCGUCCAACAGUAACAGCAGUAAUAGCAACAGUAGAUGCAGUCCCGGCGCAACGGAUCCGAUGGACGUGGAACAGCAAAGUGCGGUAUCGGAACAUUCGGAUUCACGAUUUCAGCAGCAACGCCAGCAAGUCGCACUUGGUGGCAGUGAUGUGUCCUAUCCGGCGACGCUCUAUAGCGGCACAAUGCCGGUUGAACGAUAUCCCAGUAAAAAAAUUAGACCCGUGAAGAGACCUGGCCUGGUACUAAAAACCCCAAUAGCUUACAAAGGUGACAUAGAUCCGUCGGUGAUUCCCAUACAACGUGAUGGCAUGGCAAUAUGUGAAAAAUGUGGAGCCAUAGGAGUAAAACAUUCGUUCUACACCAAGCAAAGGCGGUUUUGUAGUUUGGCAUGUGCUCGCUCGUUCGAAUCACUACGCGUGUACAGUGCACCGUUCCGAACCGGAUCCGCGAACAAAGUGUCCGCCUCGGCAAACGACGACAGCAGCAGACAUCUCGCGACGUCAACGUCGACCGACGCGUCCAACAGCAUCGGGCUGCUCCCGGCACCACCCGAACAGUUAAUAGACGACUCGAAUCUGUCCACGGGUGACGUGGAUAGCAAACGAGUGCCGUUACCGUCACUGCACCAGCAACAAGAACAAGUACAAACAAUCGGCUAUCGCUUCAAGAUGUCCGGCACAUCACUUACUCAACCAACCGCUGGCAGUGGUGGAAGUAUCAAUAGCAAUAGCAAUAGUCACGAUGGCAGCAGUGCCGCCGCCACCAAUGGUAUGUUCGGUGGCAAGAUGAUCGGUGGAGCGGGCCUGCUGCAGGAGAUAUUGCCUCAGGAGCACAUUCCCCAGCUGCCCAAGGGAACCCGUUUACCUUCGCCCUGUCCCCAGGACGACCGUAUCAACAGCAUCCGCCGCAAGCCGAACGAGUUUCACAACUCGUACGAUUGGACGCAAGCGCUAGCGGAACCAAAGUUUUACGCCGCCCCAGUCACCUGUUUCAAGCACGCGCCCGGCUACGAUAUGUGGCCGAACGUUGUGAUCGGGAUGAAGGUGGAGGUAGAAAACACGGACUGUGAUGUUCAGCAGGCCCUGAUUGGCGGCAUUCCGCACAGCUUCUGGGUCGCGACAGUAUUGCGCAUCUGCGGUUACAAGGCGUUGCUGCGCUACGAGGGUUUCGAUGGGGAUGGUUCGAAAGAUUUCUGGGUUAAUUUGUGCUCGGCCGAAGUGCACCCGGUGGGUUGGUGUGCUACACGCGGCAAACCACUGAUACCACCAAAGAGCAUCGAGAAACCAUCCCCGGACUGGAAAGAGUUUCUCGUGGCACGGCUGUCGAACGCGCGCACGCUGCCCUCGACGUUCUACAACAAGAUUAGUGAUAGUUUUAAGUCUCGGUUUCGCGUGGGUUUGAACCUGGAGGUGGUAGAUAAAAAUCGUAUCUCGCAAGUGAAGCUGGCGACCAUCAGCAAGAUCAUCGGCAAACGAUUGUACGUUCGGUACUACGAUAGCUCACCGGACGAUUAUGGGUUCUGGUGUCACGAGGACUCGCCACUGAUACAUCCCGUCGGUUGGGCAACGACCGUCGGACACAACCUAGCCGCACCGGAGGAAUACAUGGACAGGAUGAACGCGGCAAGCGAUCAGAUACUGGAGCCACACGAAGACGACGCUACGAUGGACCUGUUCAAGACCAACUUCCAGUUCGAGGAGUACUGCUACGAUGGCAAGCAGACGGGGUUCGAAGAAAACAUGAAGCUGGAAGCCGUAGAUCCGCUCAACCUUUCCUCGAUCUGUGUGGCCACCGUGAUGACGGUGUUGAAGUUCGGUUACAUCAUGGUACGCAUCGAUUCGUACGAUCCGGACGUGAAUGGAGCGGACUGGUUUUGCUAUCACGAAAAAUCGCCCUGCAUUUUUCCGGUUGGGUUCUGUGCAAAGAACAGUAUCACGCUAACGCCACCGAAAGGAUACGAUCUUAAUACAUUUACCUGGGAACAGUAUCUGCUGGACACCAAUAGCAAACCGGCAACGGAGGACAUCUUUCACCGCGACCAGAUUCGGCAACGGUUUAAGGUUGGAAUGAAACUGGAAUCUGCCGAUCUUAUGGACCCUAGACUGAUCUGUGUUGCAACGAUUGCGCGUGUGGUUGGCCGAUUGUUGAAGGUACACUUUGACGGUUGGGAAGACGAGUAUGACCAGUGGUUGGAUAGUGAAAGUCCCGACAUCUAUCCUAUCGGUUGGUGUGUCCUCGUCGGUCACAAACUGGAGGGUCCCCGGAUUCUACCAAAGGUUGUGCCGACGCAGAAAAUCUCACCCAAAACGACUAAGAAAGGGAAAAGGAAGAAGAAACUAAAAAUGGAACCUGCGCAAGAUGAAGAAAUAAUAGGUUGCUCAUAUUAUGCCGACAAUUUUACAGCCCAACCUGCUCCCACGACACGCACGGCGAGAAUCAAAAAGGAACAGGAACACUUUGAGCAGCAGAAACUGCUGUCCGCCAAUCCUGGCCAGUUCGACUACGGUUCCCUCGGUCACAUGGUUACGAGCGAUCUGGGAGGGCAGCUAUCCCAACAGUAUUCGAACGACGACGUCCCAAUGCUGAUGGGAAGCCAGCUGCAAAUGCCACCAAAUCAGCAACCCUCGGAGCUGGGCGUUACCAGCAGCAGCGCACCGUUGCACACCUUCAUCAAGCACGAAACAAACCACGACACAACGGCAUCGCUGCUGAGCGGAAGCAGUUCGCUCGGUCCAAUCUUUGACCAUUCGUCGAGUGGGACUAGCGGGCCGGCAACCGCUGCCACCACCACCACCACCACCGUCGCCACGGGCAAUGUGACCGAGACGGACGAUGUAGAUAUGCGCACCGAGGACGAGGAUGGUGAGUCUAGCUCUGCUACCGGGCUUCCGUCUACGGCACCGUCGUCGGAGAUUGCCGACAACGAGAUAGAUAAAACGAUACCUCGGUUAAUUCACCACGAGCCGGCCAACAGCGGUGGUUCACCAGAUUCGGUCGGUGGUGGUAUCGCGGGCGGGCUUAGUAACUCGAACGGAAGCAACAGCACCGGACUGGUCGGUGUGGGCAGCAUGCUGAACUCGGCCUCCUCCUUCGGCAUGGCAGUGUCGGCAAACAGUGGGCAGCAAAUCAUGCCAGAGAGCUGGGAAGUGAAAGAUGUGGCCACCUUUCUUACGAUCAACGAUUGUGCUGUACAUGCGGAGCAGUUCGUGCAGAACGAAAUCGAUGGCAAGCGCUUGCUGGAGCUCAACAAGGACGAUAUUAUAAAGCUGCUCAAUCUGAAAGUGGGCCCGGCGCUCAAAAUUUUCGAUCUCAUUCAGCAGCUAAAAUGUAAAAUCGAUCCGACCAAGCUGCGCCACCUUUCGAAAGCGACCGGCAAAAAGUUUCUCUAGUUGCUGCCAUUCGUAGUAGGCUGUCACUGUCCUGGCCUUCCAUCGGGUGUGUUGCGGUGGGCCGCAUUUUGUUUUUCAUUUUCUUUUUUAGAUAAAUUCUCAUUCUUUUAAUUUUUUUUUUUUGCGUUGUGAGCCUACUGCACAAUUGCUCCAUCCACAUAGCUGGAUGGCACAGUAGAGACCUUUUUUUUUUGGGCACCAUAGCUUACAUACCUUCUUGUGCAAUUUAUCAUCGUCUCUUUGUUCGAUCUUCCUUACAUUACUUGCUUUGCUUUUUUUUUAUCGCGAUAGAAGCAUUACAGGAAUAUUUGAUUUGAGUGCAGUUUCCGCGAGUGAAAUCUCCGACAGUUAGUAGCAGGUUAGGAUAGCUCUAUUUUCCAAAGCGUGAAACUCUUUGCUAGUGUGUUUGCGCCCCCCGAUGGCACCACGAGAUGAUGGGUUAAGUACUCGAGAAACGAGUUCGGUUAGGGUAUAUACAUAUUUUGUUUUGGAAUUGGCAGAUGCAUAAUAAUGUAAUGCAUGGCUGCAUUUCGUUAGACUGUUGGUGGUAGUACACAUUUAUUAUUAUUUUUGUUUUGUUUUUGGAAUAGGAACGUUCUGAGCGAAAGAAUUUGAAACACACACACACACAUUACUUUGGUUGUGUGUAGCUUACAAUAGCUUUUCCUAUCGAACGCCAGAGGCUUUCGAUUGUACCUUGGAAUAGUAGCGUUUCUUUCGUUUUAUGCAAACAGAUGCAAGUGUCGUUCUGUAAAGUUUUUGAAGGAAGGCACCAUUUUCAUGAAUAAAUAUUUGGGUAAGGGCGAUGGCAUAUUUUUUGGAAGAAAGCAUACGCAAAAGUAAAAGUGUGCGUUUCAAGUUUGAAUAACGAAGCAUGAAUACAGCAAUACACACACACCCCACUACUAUCAUUAUGGCACAGCGGAAGCGUACAAUGGAGCAGGCAAACCACAAAGAAAUCACAUAUGUUAACACAACUGGAACACUAGUAUCAGGGACUAUAUUAUCUAGCAGCGCCAGCAGCAGCAGCAGCAGCAGCAACAGCAACAGCAAGAGCAGUAACGUUUUGCCCUCAAGGCACAAAACAAGAAAAGAUUUUUAACAGUUUAAAACAGUCGGUCUCCCAAACGUCAAUGCACAGCCCCGAGCCCCACGUCUUGUAGUAGAAUUUAUGAGUGUCCUUGUUCUACUUAAAUGCUGAUUUUGAUAGCUGCAGUACAGUAGUACAGUAUCUGCUUUGUUGCUAUUCGUUUUCUUGUACUUGCUUUUCUAAGUCAUGAGCCACCUACUCCCGAUGUAACAGUUCGUCGACUUAAAACCUUCUCACAUUGGUGAACUACUGAGCCAUGCAUUUGUAAAUAAACAAGCAACCCUUGCCAUAGGAAGAUCGGCCCACAUGAUGUGUGAGUCCCGUUGGUUCCCUUUCGAGUGAGUCCUUUCAGUUGAAACAAAAUGAAAAGAACCCCACCAGGCACUUGCCGUCUAUGUCCAUUAUCCAGUGCUGAACUAUUAUAGAACUUUUUGCACUAGCAAGUGGGUCCAACAUCUUUUUCACGAGAUUGCUUUGCUGCACUAGAUAGUACAAGGUUAAGGUAACAGAGCACCAAUAUUAUUGUCCAUUGUCGACGAUAUUAACAGACCCUCUUUCGAUCCCCCGAAGCCAACCAAACCAUUAUGAUGAGUGUAACAAAUCAAAACGCUUCAAAUUCCAAAUGUCACGUUUAGUUUUCAUAUUAAUUUGCACAUCAUAAGAGGGAGAGACAGACCGACAGUCUGCGCAGAGCCCGGCUGAUUGAGUUUGGUUGUAAGAUGAUGUGCAGGAAAACAAUAGGGGCGAGAAAAACUGGUGUGGCCGCGCAGGUAAAUGCAGCAGAACGAUUAGUCGUUUAGUCUGAGUUAAUUGCUAGCAGAGGGCUGUGCCUCUAGGGCAAGCUAUCUUUAUUCGAAUACGUAGUGUAAAAACAGAAGCAACAAACUAAAUCACUUUAAGACGGUUGCUCCGGUUAAGUUGCCGCCAGACUGAAGCUGGUCUGCAGUAGAUAUUACAAUACGGUGGUGAAGGUGCGUGUGCUGCAGCUGCUGUGGAAGCUGUGCUGCCGCCGAAUGGCGAGUGCAGCAAAAUGCCGACAAAAUGAGCGGACAUUAAAUUUAAGCGUUGAUAAGCAAAACUGUACAGUUAUGUAUAGCGGUAUAAGCCAAUCAGGAUGGAAGAAGAGCAGUAAAGCACGACGUAUAAGUUUAGAGUUAUGUAUAACACGUUAAGAUGAGAUGAAUUCCAAUUUGCCGUACACCGCGGAAUUCGGAAGUCGGGGUCGGUACGUGCAAGCGCAUGAGCGAGUAAUUAUUUUAUUAAAAAAUAUAUCUACACACAGAGAUACAUGA